UUAGGAUGAUAAUGGCUGCUAUCUCCGUUUCCAGCAAUAAUACUGUACCUUAAGACCGGGGGAGAGUAGGUUUUGGUGUAUUGUUUGGUCCCUUUCUUUUUACCCCCGACAUCAAUGCCUUUUUUCAUUAUUCUUUUUACUGUCAUCACUUACCACCGUAUAUUAAAUGUAGCAGGUGUUACUUUAAAUAUCUGAGCUCCGCGUCAGAAUCCAUUAAAAAAAAAAAAGAUCAAAUAAAGAAAAAAAAAAAGCCCCAAUUUUUGUAUACAUUAUUUCUCCAGGAGAUUAAAAGCAGUAAAGAAGAACACUUUAUUGACCCACCACCAAAGAUGGCUCCGAUCUUGAACACACAGUCCACCACCGGACUCCCUCUUUGCCUUUCUGGGAUCACUCAUCCUGUUGCUCUCUCCAAAGAGAUGGCAGAUCAUGAUCGCAGAAGAAAAGGGCUCAAGAAAUCGAGAUUGAGGCUUGAAAAAUUGUUGCAUGCAGUUGCUUCCGCGGAUCAGGAUGAUUCUUAUUUCUUCGGAGCUACUGUUCAAAGGAUCCAACAAGAUCUUCAAGGACUUUCUGAAGAAGUCAGCGGUGAUGUUGCCGGAGAUCUGGCUGCCGUUGCACUUUUACUGCAGCAGCUCUCAUGCAUUUCUUUAUCUUCUUGUACAGCCAAGGCUGCCUAAUUAUAAUCUUUUCCAGUUCGAUUAGUAGGAGGAGUACUAUUUUAGAGGGUUUUAGUUGUACUGUUAAUCAUUUUAUAUCUAUGGCAAUGGAUUCUUUCUUUCUUGGUCGGUUAAUUUUGGAACAAAAGUGGUUGGAUUUGCUUUUUUUCUGCAUACAAAAUUAAAAAAUAGGGCAGGUUCUUGAUCUGGAAUGGGAUGGAGAGGAACGAUUAGUACUAAUAAAUAAUGGGAAUUCGAGAUCUUGAGCUGGGCUUUCUGACAAAAAAAAAAACAUUCGGCCAAGAUAACUGGGUUUUUUGCUCAGGUCGGUCUGAGAAGUUAACAGCGGCUGAGAACUGGACUGACUGAUCGGAGACGGAGGGAACGAUCCGGCGGAGAUACGGCGGAGUGAGAGAGCUGAAAGUAAGAGGAAAGACCAAAGCUUUGUCGUUUUGCGAAACUUUACUUGCCACCUGGCAAAUAGGGCCCCUUUUUAUUUUAUUUUUUUGCCCCUUUUUCUUCUUCGAGGUUAACAAUUCGGAUAAUUCUGUAUUAAAAAAAGAAAAAACACACAAUACACUAAGCGAAC